AUGAGCUCUCUGAACACGGAAAGCACCUCGGGCCUCUGCGAUUCCUGUCGUGGUGUAUCACCAUUUACAGUCUCAUCCAUACGCACAACAGCCACCGGUCAGCAACUCGGCUACCGCCACCGAACCUAUCAAGACCUGGAGCAAUCUUCAAGUCUCUGUCCGCUUUGCAAGUUAAUACUUGACGAGCUAAUCAAAGCCUCGCAUCCCACCAUCAAGCUGAAGAAAGGGAGGGUACACCAGGUACUGCUGUCUUCAGACAAAUACCACAGUGUAGAACACACAAGACGUGAGCUCUGUGUAAUAACAGUUCUCGUAACUAAUUCCAACGCCCGAGCUUUUUUGCAUGCUUGGGCAGAUCCGUCAAGUGAUGCAGCUCUAUCUGGGGAUAUUGCCGGCCACGCUCUUCAUCCAGCACCAAACUCCCCUGGAGCUUUCCGCCAAAUCCAGACAUGGCUCGAAACCUGUCUGAGAAGCCAUACAGAGUGCAACUCUGUGCCCUUGGCGGAUGCAGACACAUCAUCCACAACCCGCUUUCCCACCAGGCUGUUGGACGUCGGGACUAACAACACCCCCUUUGUCAAAGUGACGGAUCGUCAGAAUGCACUGGAACGAUAUGCGGCGUUGAGCUACUGCUGGGGUCCAGCAGCCACACAACUUCGUACCCUCAAGUCGAACUUGGCUGAACACACCACCACGGGAAUAAACAUAUCCGCCAUGCCAGCCACCCUCCGCGAUGCCGUCAUCGCAACGAGGAAUCUCGGCCUCCGCUACCUCUGGAUUGACGCCCUUUGUAUCAUCCAGGAUGAUAGCCCCGACUGGCUGCGAGAGGCACCCCAAAUGGGCCUCAUCUACCAAAACGCCCACCUUACCAUUGCCGCGACGGGUUCUAGCUCGUCCACCGGCGGUUUGUUUCACCCUCGAGACACCACCACAAAUCAGUCCGUUGUUGAGCUCUCUUACCUACCACCGGGAUGUACAAAGCCCCGAACAUUCUUCGUGGGACCACAUACCCCAUUCUUUGACAAAGUCGUCACCGCGAGCGUAUGGAACAGCAGGGGCUGGGUCCUCCAGGAACGAAAUCUGAGCCGGAGAAUUGUCCUGUUUUCUGUCGGACAGCUGUUCUUUGAGUGUAUCCGGCAUAGUGUUGCUGAGGAUGGUCUUGUCUUGGCAGCAGUGAGAUGA